CCACCUCCUCCUACAUGGGACUCAUCGCUCUUUCAAAUAUGUACUCAAAAUGUACUGACCAGUGUGAACAAGACCAUUUCCACGUGAACGCGCAUUACACCAGCGGUCCUACUAGUAUGUAUGGCUGCUGCUCUUGGAGAGUGGAUUUGAUUUGGCAGAAGACAGACGCUAAGUCAAAAGCUGACUCGGGAGAAAGCAGCGCCGCGCUAACUAUGUCAUCUCAUUUCCCAGUUCUCGUAAUUAUUUCAACGAUUGAUGCUGUAUAUUUUGAUCGUUGCACAGCUAUCAGCUUCAUUUCUUGAUGCCAUUAUCCACCUUGCACAUGAUCAUAUCUCCGUCCUUGUCAUUGCAAUUGAGCAUAGCGCUGAGAAGAUGCUCCCAUG